GUAUGGAAAACACGUCAAUCGAUUGCAAAAACGAGUCAAAAAAGCCAGAAGUGGAAGAGUUAGUGAAAUUUUUGAAGGACAAUGUCGAAAAAAGACAAAGGGAGCAUUCAAAAUUGCAUUAAGAAGCUUUGAAAAUAAUGUUUUUGAACCUCUAAGCGAAAUUAAAA